UGGGACUGUUCGUCUCAUUCGACCCCCUUUUCUUGUUUGGCUGUUUUGCAUCGUGGGAAAGAAACGCAGAUCCCCAUAAAAUAAAUUGUAUACUGUUCGGAUUAUUUUCAAAACUUAUUCUUUUUUGAAGUACGGGAAAUUUGGUCCUCAUAAUUUGCAAAAACUCAAUUGGUUUUAAGAAUGGCAGAAGACAAUUCGUUUAGUCCUGUCCAAAAGACGAAACGGUCUGCAGCUACAUUGUUAUCAUCGUCAACGUCGUCGUCCUCCGUCCCCACGUUAGUCCUGGACAAUGGAGCGUACACCAUAAAAGUAGGGAUGUCAACAGCAAGUAAAGCAAGAAUCAUUCCCAACUGCAUUACAAAAGCAAGAAGCGAGCGGCGUCGACCAUUUAUAGGAGAUCAACUGGACGAAUGCAGGGAUACAUCAGGACUGUUUUUUAUUCUCCCAUUCCAGAAGGGGUACAUGGUAAAUGCCGACUUGGAGAAGACGGUGUGGGAUUAUGUCUUUGGCAAGGAGUGUCUCAAUAUUGAGCCUUCGGAAACUAAUCUUCUCAUUACUGAACCCCAAUUCAAUUUCAAAUUUUUGCAAGAAGUUGGGUGUGAACUGCUGUUUGAAGAAUACGAAUUUCACGGGUUGGCUAGAGUAAAUGCAUCUCAUUUGUCGGACUAUCUACAUGCGUUACAACAUUCGGACUCUGUUUGCAGCCUAAUUAUCGACUGUGGUUAUAGUUUCACUCACGUUGUACCAUUUGUAAAUGGUCAAAAGGUAGCGGAAGGGAUAUGUCGAAUUGAUAUCGGGGGCAAAGCUCUGACAAAUUAUCUGAAAGAAAUUAUAUCAUACAGGCAGCUGCAUGUCUUAGACGAGACUUAUUUAGUAAACCAAGUCAAAGAAGACUUGUGCUUUGUAUCUACUGACUUGAAAAAGGAUCUGCAAAUAGCCAAACAAAAAUUUCCUGAAAACACAAUAGUUCGAGAUUAUGUACUCCCAGAUUACUCGACUAUUAAGCGGGGUUAUACUAAGCCAGUCGAAAAAACCGGAUCGAAACCAGUAGAAAAUGAACAGGUUCUGAGAAUGAACAACGAGAGAUUUACAGUUCCAGAAAUGUUAUUCCAUCCAGCAGACGUCGGUAUACAACAAAUGGGAAUUGGUGAAGCAAUUAUGUAUGUUGUGGAUGGAUUCCCGGAAACAAUGAAGCCACAUUUUUUAAAAAACAUCAUCCUCACUGGUGGAAGUUCUUCCUUGCCUGGACUGAAAGUACGUGUCCAUGAUGAAGUUAGAAGUUUAGCAUCUACGGAAUAUUCUGUAAAUGUUACAGUUCCUGCAAAUCCGACAACAUAUGCAUGGGAGGGAGGUUGCAAGUUUUCUGAAGAUCCAGAAUUUAACAAGUUUGUCGUUUCCAAAAGUCUGUAUAAUGAAGUUGGAUUUUCAGCCUUUUCUAAAGUUUGUGAUAUCUAAUUAAUUAUUUGUAGGUUUAUAUAAGUAUAUAUUGCCACUCUUGUUAAACUUUAUAUUUGCUUCCUACUUUUUGAUACCAUAUCUUAUGUUUAGUUAUGACGCUAUGCAUAUUUGAUUCUAAAGCAGAAGACGAAUUAAAAAGAUAAGCAUAUACAUAAAGUACAAUUAGUAUAUUAACAAUCUUAGAAUAAUUUAUUGAAAUGUAAAAUGCAUACCGUCUAAUAACCCGAUACAUGUUACAUACACUGGCUAUAAAAAUCAUGGCAAUCAACAUGUAUCUAUUAGCAUUUAGCAUCACCGUUGUUAAGCUCGAAUCACAUUGCGAAAAAGACUGGCCAUCAGGAUCGAAUGCAUAAAAUGAAAUGAGCUUGUGGCAAAAUUGUCUUAUUUUUAACAUAAAAGUAUGUUAUGUUAAAAUUAUGUUAAGUAUUCUUCCUUGUGUAAUUUUAGACAAAUAAACAACGUUCAAUUAAGAGAUA